AUGGAAUGCGAUACAUCGAAAAGAUGGACUCUUGAAGAUGUAGAAUUGGCAGAACAAUUCCUUUCAACUCAUAAUGAUAAUUAUACAAAUUUUCCAUUUCACAAGGAAUUAUUUCUGAAAUUCAUCAAAGAAAAUGAUGGAUAUUUCCCUGUGAAAAUUGAAGCAUUACCGGAAGGAACUUGUUGCCACGUGCAUACCCCAGUCUAUCAAAUUAUAGCUGAAGGGGAAUAUACACCUUUGGUCACAUUUUUAGAAACUUUGCUUACUAUGAUUUGGUAUCCAUCAACCGUGGCAACUCUUUCGCGUCGUGCACGCGAUAUAAUUGAAGAGGCUUUUGAAGACACAGUGGAUGAAAGCGGAUAUUUUCUUUUGGAAAGUCGAUUGCAAGAUUUUGGAUUUCGUGGUUGUACAUCACUUGAACAAUCUAUUAUUGGUGGUUCUGCGCAUCUGAUCAACUUUACAAGGUCGGCUACAAUGAGUGCUGGAUAUUAUGUUCAAUACAAGAUUAAUAAUGGGAAGCCUAUCGGAUUAUCUAUUCCUGCUACAGAACAUUCCGUAAUGCUUUCUCACAAAACUGAGAAGAAGGGUGGUUUCUUGGUUAUCAGACCUGACAGUGGAAAUCAAGUAGAAGUUGUAUUAAUGGCUCUUAGAGCUGAAGAAAAAAUAUUUGGAUGCGAUGUUAAUAAAAAAGGAUAUAAAGUGAUGCGUAAAUGUGGGGUGAUUCAAGGUGAUAAUGUUACCAUUCAUUCUUUAAAAGCUAUAUUGAAAGCUAUUAAAGAAGCUGGAUAUUCAGCACAAAAUGUUUUAUUUGGUAUGGGAGCUGGUCUAUUACAAAAAAUCAAUCGUGAUACCAUGAGCUUUGCCACCAAACUUAGUCAUAUCAGAUAUGCUGAUGGAACUGAAAGGAACAUCAUGAAAAUUCCCACAAUGGAUUCAACGAAAAUCAGUUUGCCUGAAUGUUGUCCACCUAAUGAUCCCGAUAAUCUUUUACGUGUAAUUUAUGAUCAUGGGAAAGUUGUCGAAUGGGAUGAUUUUGAUACAAUUAGAAAACGAGUUGCUAAAGAAUGGAAAGCUUUACCAAAAUUCUAUAAUAACAUUAGUCCAGAACUUAAAUCAAAGAUCGAUAAAGUUACUCAGGAACUUAAGAAUAAUUGA